AAUUAAUUAGCAGUAUUUUAGUUAAACAAACCAGAAAAAUAUGUAAAUGGCAUCUGACUGUCAAAUUGACGGCAAGCGCGUGAGCCAGCAGGGCCACACGGCUACAACACCAAUAAGCAGUUUAAUUAAAUCCGAAAACGAUGACAAUUCAAAUUGACGAAAAUGCCCUUUUAAUGUGGAAACUAAAACGAGGGGCAGAUUGGUAAGACAAGUCAACAAGGUCAGAAAAUAUGACCGUUGGAAAGGUUUCCAAUAAGCGUAAGCGUUUCUCUUUAUUAAUGAAGCCAUGAAAUCUCAUCAUAUCUCCUCAUAAAUCAUAAUUAAUAGAUCCAGCUCCCCCAAACUCUAGAUUGUUGUUAAAUCUUCUAAAUCUGAUAAACACAACAAUGCAAUUCACACUGUAAGUGUAACCCCCUUCACAGAGAGAGAGAGAGAGAUAAAGAGAGUGAGAGAGGGAGAUUUCUUCAACAUUCUCUAUUAUUCCCUCUUCGAAGCUGAAAUCAGUAAUGGCGAAGAAGAAUCAAGAAGAGAUCGCGAAAGAAACGGCACUGGUUUUGAAAGAGAUUAAUAAUGAUAAUAAACAAAAUCAAGAUUCUACAGCAGAUGCUGAUGCUAAUGCUGCUGAUCCAUCAUCACAAUCAUCUACUUGUGCUGUAUCGAACAAUAAUGAAGAUGAGAAUGAUCAUCAUCCAUACGCGUUUCAUGUUUCGGGGCCUCGCAAUGUUUCUUCUCCCAGUUGGAGAGAAAUCAUCAAAUCUAGCUGGAAGAAUGGGAACUACAAAAGGACAGUUAUUGCAUGUUUCAUACAAGCAGUUUACCUUCUCGAACUUGACAGACAGGAAAAUAAGACUGAAGAAAAUGCUCUUGCUCCAAAGUGGUGGAUACCUUUUAAGUACAAGCUGUCCCAAACCCUAAUUGACGAGAGAGAUGGAUCCAUAUAUGGUGCUAUACUAGAAUGGGAUCGUUCUGCUGCUUUAGCAGACUUCAUCCUUAUCAGACCAAGUGGUGCUCCUAGGGCUGUCUUAGUACUACGAGGUACAUUACUUAAAAGCCAAACAAUUAGACGUGACAUACAAGAUGACCUCCGUUUUCUAGCUUGGGAAAGCCUAAAGGGUUCUGUCAGAUUCAAUGGAGCUCUAGAGGCUCUGAAAUUGAUUGCAGAUAAGUAUGGAGGGGGCAAUGUAUGUGUUGCUGGCCAUUCUUUAGGAGCAGGAUUUGCACUACAAGUGGGAAAAGCAUUAGCUAAACAAGGUGUCUUUGUGGAGACUCAUCUGUUUAAUCCACCUUCCGUCUCACUGGCAAUGAGCUUGAAGAACAUUGGCGAGAAAGCUGGUUUUGCUUGGAAGAGGCUUAAAUCAAUGCUUCCAUCUAGCAAUGAAACCCCCGCUAUCAGUGAAGUUGGGCAAAACGCGAGCAUUCCUAGUAGUGGACUAAAGAAUUGGGUACCUCAUUUAUAUGUGAACAACAGUGACUAUAUCUGCUGCUAUUACACUGAUCCUGCUGGCGGAGGAAACCAGGAAGUAGAAAACAAGGAGAAUGCUGGUCCGAAAAAUGGACAAGCUGCGGCAAAGCUUUUUGUGUUAUCAAAAGGCAAGCAGAAAUUUCUAGAGGCACAUGGAUUGGAGCAGUGGUGGGGUGAUGAUUUGGAACUUCAACAGGCUCUCAGUAACAGCAAGCUCAUAAGCAAGCAGCUGAAGUCCUUGUAUACACUACCAGCAGCUCCUAAACAAACUCAAGCUAAAUAGUAGAAGGCACUUUGGUUCUCUGUCUGAGCCUUGUUCAGAUGACCUUCAUUAUAAAUAUUUUAUCAUUCUUUAUUUUAUUUUAAUUUAUUGCAAGACAUUUCAUAAAUCUGGGACAAUUCCCGGACAUUUUUUUUACUGCCAGUUAGGCAGUUAUAGAUAACUGAAAUUGGAAUUUGUUAAUAUGACAUACAUUCUCUUUGGCUCUGAGCCUCUGAAAAUUUGAUAAAACUGCAUGAUUCUGUGAGUUAUUACUAUUACU